AUGACUGCUCCUAGCAUGGCUGACAUGAACAAGGAGAUCGAGGAGAAGGUGAUCAAGCGCACCUUGGAGGAGAUCAAGCUUAAGAGCGGCAAACCUGCCUUGACACUGUAUGGCAGCCACACGCAUUUGCACAUCAACCCCUCGGGCAAGUUCAUCAUCGGUGGCCCUCAGGGUGACGCAGGCCUCACAGGCCGCAAGCGCCUUGGCUCCGGUGAGAGCGCGGGUGGAUCGCUCCGCAGCAUACAUUUGCCGACAGAUGGCCCGGGUCUGAGAGUGGACAGUGUUUGGUGCAGCCAGGCAGCAAGGAGCAGUGAGUUUGCGGCAUGUGGAUUUUCGGAUUUUGCUCGCAUUCUUCCUGCUGAGACCAGACGCCUUGUGGUGGAGCCGAGGCAGCUGUCCUAUGCGAUCGGCGUCGCCAAGCCCUUGUCUCUCUUCGUGGGGAGCCCUGGUGUAGAGGCUUAUGGCAGCGAGAAGGGCCAGCUGACGGUGGAUGACAUCACCAACGUCUUGAAGAUUGAGUUCGACUGCCGUCCCGGUGCCAUCGCCGCGUCCCUGGCCCUUCGGGAACCAAAGUACCAGGAGACCGCGGCCUACUGCCACUUCGGCAGGGAAGCCGUGACCAAGAUGCUCGGCGGCAGGGGAUUUGGAACACAUUUUCUUUACUUCAUUGGAUCUACAUAUUCUUCAUUGGAACCGUUUGAGGUUGUAUCAGGUCGGCCAUGUUUGGGGUUCCGUGCUCCAAUUUUCCCACCAAUCUGGAAAGCGGGGCUCCAUUUUCCAAUAACCAAGAAUCUACAUGACUCGCUGACUUCAGUCUCACAAGAUCAACGUAAAUAUGUAAAUAAUAUUAGAUAA